AUGUUUGCACAAAGUAUCGAUUCUGUGGUUGAAUUUUGUACGGAACAAAACCACAAUAAAGAAGCCCCGAACCUGCAAAACCAAAGAUGCAAUCUCCGAAGCACAUGGGAAGUGAUCCGUGAUUCUGAGGACUUUAAGAAAACCACUCCUAUGAAGACGCAGCCACCAAAGCCGACCUUCUCAUUGCUGCAGAUUGGACAAAGAAUUGUGUGUUUAGUCCUUGAUAAGUCUGGAAGCAUGAAGACUGGUGACCGCCUUAAUCGACUGAAUCAAGCAGGCAAACUUUUCCUGCUGCAGACGGUUGAGCAGGGGACCUGGGUUGGGAUGGUAACAUUCGACAGUGCUGCCCAUGUACAAAGUGAACUCAUACAGAUAAAUGGUGGCACUGACAGGGACACGCUCACCAGAAGGCUACCCACAGUGGCUGCAGGAGGGACAUCCAUCUGCUCCGGGCUUCGAUUGGCAUUUACUGUGAUUAAGAAGAAAUACCCAACAGAUGGAUCAGAAAUCGUGCUGCUGACCGAUGGAGAGGACAAGACUAUAAGUGGGUGCUUUAAGGAGGUAAAAGAAAGGAAGGUUAUCAUCCACACAGUCGCCCUGGGGUCCACGGCGGCUGGAGAACUAGAGGAACUGUCCAAAAUGACCGGAGGUUUACAGACAUAUGCUUCAGAUCACGCUCAGAACAACGGCCUCAUUGAUGCUUUUGGGGCCCUUUCGUCAGGAAAUGGAGCUGUCUCUCAGAGCUCCAUCCAGCUUGAGAGUAAGGGGUUGACCCUCCAGAACAGUCAGUGGAUGAACGGCACAGUGAUUGUGGACAGCACUGUGGGAAAGGACACGUUGUUUCUUGUUACCUGGACAACACAGCCUCCUCAGAUUCUUCUCUGGGAUCCCAGUGGAAAGAGACAAGAUGGCUUUUUAGUGGACACAAACACCAAAAUGGCCUACCUCCAGAUCCCAGGCACUGCCGAGGUUGGCAUUUGGAAAUACAGUCUGCAAACAAGCUCACAAACCCUGACUUUGACUGUCACCUCCCGCGCAUCAAGUGCUACCCUCCCUCCAAUUACAGUGACCUCCAAAAUGAACAAGGACACAGGAAAAUUUCCCAGCCCUAUGAUAGUUUAUGCAAAUAUUCGCCAAGGAGCCUUGCCGAUUCUCAGGGCCAGUGUUACAGCCCUAAUUGAAUCAGUGAGUGGAAAAACAGUUACCUUGGAGUUACUGGACAAUGGAGCAGGUGCUGAUGUUACUAAGGAUGAUGGUGUCUACUCAAGGUAUUUCACAGCUUAUGAUACCAAUGGUAGAUACAGUGUCAAAGUGUGGGUUCUGGGAGUAAUUAACACAGCCAGAAGUGGAGUGAUACCACAGCAGAAUGGAGCCCUAUACAUACCUGGCUGGAUUGAAAAUGGUGAAAUAAAAUGGAAUCCACCAAGACCUGAAAUUAAUGAGACUGAUUUUCAAGACAAGCAAGUGCGUUUCAGCAGAGCAUUCUUGGGAGGUUCAUUUGUAGCCUCCAAUGUCCCAAAGGCUCCCCUACCUGAUCUCUUCCCACCUUGCCAAAUCACUGACCUGAAGGCAAAAAUCCAAGGGGACAACCUCAUAAACCUAACUUGGACAGCUCCUGGGGAUGAUUAUGAUCAUGGAACAGCUCACAAAUAUAUCAUUCGAAUAAGUACAAGUAUUCUUGAACUCAGAGACAAGUUUGAUGAUUCUCUUCAAGUGAAUACAACUGAUCUCAUCCCGAAGGAGGCCACCUCUGAAGAAGUCUUUGCGUUUAAACCUGAAAACAUCACUUUUGAAAAUGGCACAGAUCUCUUCAUUGCUGUUCAGGCUGUUGAUAAGGCCAAUCUGAAAUCAGAAAUAUCCAACAUUGCACGAGUAUCUUUGUUUAUUCCUCCGCAGACUCCUCCAGAGAUACCUAGUCCAGAUGGCUCUUCUGUUCCUUGUCCUGAGAUUAAUAUCAACAGCACUAUUCCCGGCAUUCACAUUUUGAAAAUUAUGUGGAAGUGGCUAGGAGAAUUGCAGCUGUCGGUAGCCUUGCACUGAGUUUUCAUGAGAUGAAUAAAAUGAAUCAUGCAUGCUUCCUUUGAUUAU